CGCAAAGAUUUUCGAUUUAAUCCAAUUCGUCGAUGCUUCCGUAGUUCUCGAUCAUCCUCCUCCGUCUCCCACACGCUUCGGAGUUCGCCGUAGCAGACCUCGGCGGAGAAGAUUCCCCUCUCAAAUCUCGAUCCGUCUCUCUUGCUCACGCUUCCGAUCCAAACCCUAGACGAGGAGCAGCAGCUGCUGGCGGGGAUGGAGGGCGGCUCGGGAGACCUCCAGUGUGUCGGGAAGCUGGAGAUCACGAAGCACAAGCCCGUUGGGUUCCUCUGCGGUACCCUCCCCGUCCCCACCGAUUCCACCUUCCCUAUCUCGCAAUCCGCUCUCCUGCCGCCCCCCCAAAUAACUGGAGUUCCACGAUACCAGAUGCUUCCGGCCGAGACCGAUCUCAAUACCCUGCCUUUGUUGUCCAACCUCCCGGAGAAAGUCUUCCCUUCCUCUGGGAAGACAAGUGACGGAUUUCACAUGGAGAGCAUCCCAAUUAUCCAAAAUUUAUCUCAGAAGUGUGAGGCUCUUGCUGUAUCUGGUCUGACUGAGUAUGGUGAUGAAAUAGAUGUGGUAGCUCCUGCUGACAUCCUUAAGCAGAUUUUUAAAAUACCAUACUCCAAGGCUCAGUUAUCGGUCACUGUUCAACGUAUUGGAAACACACUCAUCCUUAAUACUGGCCCUGAUUUUGAGGAAGGAGAAAAGGUUUUCAUAAGACAGAGCAAUCAAUCUAGAAGUUCUGAUCCUUCAAUUUUCUUAAACUUUGCUAUGCACUCUGUUAGAGUUGAGGCAUGUGACUGCCCACCUAGUCACCAGCCGUCCUCUGCAGAGCAAUCGGAUUCUACCAUCUUACCAGGACAUUUUGGACAACGAGAGGUUCCUUUGGUUUCUUCUGCAGAUGCUCAUGCUAGUAAAUCUCAAUAUCUCGAUCAAAAUGCCAGUGGCAGUCGAAAGCCUUCUCAUGGGAAUCGAGAUGCAUAUUUCUGGGAUGGAAAGCAGAACAAGCCAAAGACUAGAAGAAGACCAGAUCCUGUUAAAAAUUCUUCAGAAAUUGGUGAGAAACCCAGAUUGCCAAUGCAAGACCCUGAUAAGUUUAAGAGACUGGGAAAUAGUGGCUUUCUGAGGGUCUUAUUUUGGCAAUUUCACAAUUUUAGGAUGCUUUUGGGUUCUGAUUUGCUUCUGUUUAGCAAUGAGAAAUAUGUCGCAGUAAGCCUGCAUCUUUGGGAUGUCUCUAGACAGGUUACUCCUUUGACAUGGCUUGAAGCAUGGCUUGAUAAUGUAAUGGCUAGUGUACCUGAGUUAGCUAUCUGCUACCAUCAAAAUGGUGUUGUUCAAGGCUAUGAACUUUUAAAGACUGAUGAUAUCUUCCUCCUUAAGGGCAUCUCUCCAGAUGGAACUCCUGCUUUUCAUCCAGAAGUUGUCCAAAAAAAUGGGCUUUCAGUGCUUAGGUUUCUUCAGGAUAACUGCAAACAAGAUCCUGGUGCUUAUUGGCUCUAUAAGGGUGCAGGAGAAGAUGUAAUUCAACUGUUUGAUCUCUCUGUCUUACCUAAAAAACAUUCAGAUGAUGGUCAUGAUAAAAGUUGUAGUUCUUUGUCAUCAUUGAUGAGCAAGGGAAGAAGAGAUUCGUUGUUUUCUCUUGGCAAACUUCUGUAUCGUGUAGCUCACAGAUUGUCACUUUCAAAGGCAUCUGAUAACAAAGUGAAGUGUGCACAAUUCUUCAAGAAAUGCUUGGAUUUUCUUAGUGAGCAGGAUCAUCUAGUUGUCCGUGCAUAUGCUCAUGAACAAUUUGCAAGACUAAUUUUGAAAUGCUAUGAGGAACUUGAAUUUACAUCAGAAUAUUUUCUUCCUGAGUCAGAAGUUACUGUUACUGACUUGGAGGAAGAAUCUUCUGAAUUUUCUCUAGAAUCAAAAUCCCAAAAUAAGGGAUUGUCUCGUGAUGCUGGAUGUGACACAUUGAAAGAAUCUGGAAUGGUAAAACUCAAAACAAAUAUUCAGUUAUCCACAACCACUGAAAUUGGAACAUCAGAAAUCAAGGUUAGUUCUAGAUCACAUGAUGGCUUGGUGAUGUGUCAGGAUGCAAGUUCAUCACCUAUGGUUAGAACAGUUGCUGAUCCAAUCUCCUCUAAGUUAGCUGCAAUACACCAUGUGUCCCAAGCUAUCAAAUCUCUCAGGUGGAAGCGUCAACUGCAGAACACUCAAGUUGAAUUGAUAGACCACGGGAACAAAAUUCAUGACCGAUCAUCCUCUGUCAGUUUUUUAUGUGCUUGUGGUGAUGCUGACUGUAUUGAAAUUUGUGAUAUCCGCGAAUGGCUUCCAAAAUCUCGAAUUGAUCGCAAAAUGUGGAAACUUAUUCUUUUGCUGGGAGAAUCAUAUCUAUCUCUAGGGGAGGCUUAUAAGGAGGAUGGGCAAUUGCAUCAGACUCUCAAAGUUGUAGAAUUAGCUUGUUUGCUUUAUGGUUCAAUGCCUAAACAUCUGGAGGAUGCACAAUUUGUCUCAUCUAUCGCAAGUAGCUCAGCAUGUGAGUUCAAGUUUGACAGAGAUAGUACAUAUAUAGUAACAGAUGCAGUAGCAGAUUUGAACACAAUGCUCAAUGAGGAUGCCCGUUUCAGUAGUCAACUUUCUCCUACCAGCUUAUUCUGGGCUAAAGUAUGGACACUUGUUGGGGAUGUAUAUGUGGAAUAUGAUAGAAUAAAUGGUAGAGAUAUAUCAGUUCAAGCUAAAAAUGACGCAUUGAGAAGUGAAGCGCGAAUGCCAAAUGAAGUUGUAAAGGAGGUUAAACGCAUGAAGAAGAAGCUGGGACGGUAUAAUCGAAACUGUAAUACUUGUUCAUUGAUGAACUGUAGCUGCCAGAGUGAUAGGGUGAGCAGUGGAAACAGUGCAAGCAGUAGUUCUGGAGAUUCUUCCUCAUUUUACUAUAGAAAACAGAGCAGAAAAUUACCUUUGAGAAACUUUUCAUAUUCUCUUUCUGAACAAACUCAAGUUAAUAAAAAUCCAUAUAAGGCAGGUAUAUCAAUAUCGAAUGUUUCUGAAUCCAAUGAUUUUCAGGAUAAUAAAUAUAACGAUGCACCUGCUACUGGGUUAAAAGGAGAGGAACUGAAAGAAGGGUUUCUACAAACAAGUGUUGGUGGUUAUAACAAUGUUAAGGAUGCUUGCUUAGGGAAUGCUGAAGAAACGGUUAAUUCUGAACCGUGUAAUGCAGAUACUUCCAAGGCAAGGAGUGGAGGCAUUUUUAAAUUUCUUGAAGGUCCUAAGCUUGGAGAUGUUGAGUACAAUCUAUCUGCAGCUGUAGAUUGUUACAGUGCUGCCAGUAAAGUGAUGGACGGAGCACCUCCUGAUGUAGUUGAAUUUAGUUCUGUCCUGAAGAGGUGGGGUUGGGUGUCCAAUGAACUUGGCCGAUACAGACUGGAAAAAAAGAACUUAGUUGAUGCUGAAGUUGCAUUUGCAGAUGCUAUAAAGGUAUUUAAACAAGUUUCUGACCAUACCAAUAUCAUAUUAAUUAACUGUAACUUGGGCCAUGGGAGAAGAGCAUUGGCUGAAGAGCUAAUUGUUAAAAUGGAGGAACUCAAGCAAUAUGACCCACUCCAAAAUGCAUACAAACAAGCUAUGAAAUCAGCCAAGUCUGAGUACAUAAAAUCCUUAGAACACUAUAGCGCUGCUUUGGCAGAAUUGAACUCUGUUCGGGAGAGGGUCGACGCUUCUAUGUAUAAUGAAGUACAAACCCAGUAUGCUAACACUUAUCUGAGGUAUGGAAUGCUUUUGGAAAAGGAAAGUGUAAUAAGUGAGGGUUAUGAUGUUGGACACAUGGAUCUGCUGCUUGAUGAUAAUAAAAAUAAGGAAUACCAAAAGUAUGCCAUUUCUGCAAGUGAUGCUUUUAGGGAGGCUUUGGCAACAUAUGAAGCUCUUGGUGAGUUACGUAAGCAGGAGAUUGCUUUUGCUCAGUUCCAGCUUGCUUGCUACUACAAGAAUCUAUGCUUCAAGUUCCUUGAUUUGGAUCACAAACUAGUCAAUGAUUCUAAAUGUCAGGACAAAAAUAAGAAAAAGGCUAAAUGGUAUGCUUCUUUAGCAGAGAAAAAUUGGGAGAAAUGUAUCACUUUCUAUGGUCCAAAGAUAUAUCCUGUUAUGUACCUUAAUAUUCUUAUGGAACUAUCAUCCCUUGAGCUGCGCCUUUCAGAUUCAUUACACAUAAGCUCAAUGAUGGAAGCUGCUCUAGGCCACCUGCUUGAAGGUCGCCAAGUUGUUGAUGCGGACAACAAUUGUUCACCUGAUGAGAUUUCUGCGAUCAAAGACAAGCUCUGGAAUCAGUUGCAGGCCCUGCUGAAGGGCAUGCUGGCCAUUUCCCGCUCAGGUAAUGCAAACAAAUCCAGAGCAACUGGUCAGAUGGGAAAGCUUAAGAAAAUGUAUAGAAUAGCAUUGAGGCCAGCCAGUCUACAUGAGUUGCACGCGAUGCAUAAGUUAUGGGUAUCGUAAUAACAUCAUCGUUUUAAUCUGUCAACAUUGUGGAAGGAAAUCCAUCAAGAUCUCGACACUUCAUAUGGAAUCAAGGUCAAUCAUGUUUAGAUGUUGUCAUUACCUUGUGUUUAGCGAAUUAAGCAAACAUCAUUUGAAGCGCUUUCUUCUAAUCUUAGUUAAACAACAUGGUUAAUACCAACGUCUGGAUUUUCGAUAUUGUUAAUGAAGUGACAAGAUUAUCUUCAAGUAAAUCCGCACUAAGAUUACUCGAUGUAAGAAUUUGGUUAACACAAUAGAAAUGAUUUUGUUCGAAUUGAA